AUGUCCUACGACGCGACUGCGUACUCCCAGACAGCAAACGAAGCAUGGUCUCAAUUCAUACGGACGCGCUUUGAGCCGUCUGCAGACCAGGGGGUCAAUGGCGAUCCAGCAAAUCGUCUUCAAAUACUUGAGCUAGAGCUUGACGUACUGCAAAAGUACGCCGCUAUAGCGCGGCAGCGUCGCAACGCAGCCACGAGCUUGGGUCGCCUACCCGCGGAGGUUCUCACCGAAAUCUUCCUAUUCGCGCAAGAAGACUGGAAACCACAGCGGCGGCGAGGCAAGCCGUCAACUUCGGAUGCCGUUCCGUAUGAUCUAGGGUGGCUCAAUAUCACGCAUACAUGUAGCCAAUGGAGAAAGGUCGCUCUUGGUGCGCCUCAAUUAUGGACGACUAUCAGCUGCACGCGGUUCUCACCUCGGGCGGCAACCGUCCUUCUCCGCCGCUCCGAGCGUCUCCCGCUUAGUCUGCACGUGGUGGAGCAAUACAAACCCAGCGAAGCGCGCGCCUUCAUCAUAAACAGCUGGUUGAGCCGGCCUGUCCUCAACCGCGUUGAGAGACUCAUUGUGCAGAGUGACACUCCGCUGAUGAGCGGAUGGAUAGCCUCCCUCUAUGCCCCCAUGCCGUCGUUGCGUAUCAUGAUCAUGAAGAAUAAAGAUCCGCGAGGCGUAGUCAUGCUUCCUCAACAAACGUUGGCGGGUGAACAUCCUCCGGCUCUGCGGCGUCUUCGUCUCCACGGUUGCCUUCCAACGUGGUCGUCACCACUAUUCUCGAAGGAUCUGACUCACCUUGAGCUGACACUUCCUCGAAUGCUAGAGGAGGAUUCAAUACGCCUACCUGACCUUGCGACCUUCCGUGGCCUUAUAUCAGCGAUGACUUCCCUGGAGUUCCUAAAGUUGCAGGACAUCUUUCCCCGCGGAAACAACGGCACGAGCAGAGUACCACCUUACACAUUUCCGCCCAGUUUCAAUGAAUUCGAGAUGCGCCUUCAGUGCAGUAGCCCAGGCUUUUUUCUCACUCUCUACGGGACGAUCUGGGAUACAUUUCGUGUUCCUCCUACCGCCAAGGCUACGACAGAAAUUGGGUUUCGCCACCUCAAUUCAUCAUUAGCCUCCGCUACACACCAUGAUCCCAGCGGCGACCUCAUUCUUCGACCUCUCAGGGAGCUCGACAGCGUCGCGUAUCCGGCACUUGGCCUUAAGAUCCUCAAUAAGACCAGGUUGGCUCUAUACUACGCAGUCGGCGAGCCGCGAUCGCUAGACUCACCGUUGAACCUCGCCGAAAACGACCUUGGGGACUGGGAUUUCGAGACCAAGGGUCGCAGGCGUAUAAGUGCCUGGGGCAAUCUGGCCCCUUUCGUUCGCCAUUUGCCCUUGAGCCGCAUACAAGCCAUGUCUCUUUCACCAGAUGCCGUCGAAUACUACGACACGUCCGGCUACUGGCAAAACUACUUCCCUCAGCUUCAAGACGUUCAGCGCAUCUCGAUUCCGUACCUCAGCGGAUUGCAACUAUUCUACGCCUUGGCGCACAUCGAAGCCGCGGACGGCACCUUCCCACUCUUUCCUCGCUUGCAACACGUCGUUCUCCACAAAGGAGGAACUCCGCCGAAGACGAUGGGAGACUACCACGCUGCAUUGGACAUGGCAUUCCUCGAGUUCUUGGAUGUGCGCAGAGAAAGGGGUUCGCCCCUUGUAGGGUUGUUUGUGGAUCGCGCACUCGCAGAUCUGGAUGUAUGGGGCGAUGUUCGCGGGGAAACAACCGUAUCCUUUAUCAAUUGA